AUGGAGGAUUAUAAAGCCGCCAGGAGAGUGCCGUAUGGCAGGCUGGGCGAUUUCAUAGGCAGAAGAAUUCGCUUUAUUGGUCGGAUAAAAGAAGCUGAAGAGGAUGCUCUCAUACUUGAGGCUUCCGAAGGUAAAUGUGUGAAGUGCUUCCUCCGGGACUCCCCGCCGGCGUGCCGCUAUGUCGAAGUUGUGGCGACUGUACAGGAGGACCUAACAAUUAGGCAAGGAGAGCACGAUCAAACCAUUCCUCUUGGAGACAAUAUCGACAUAGAGCUUGCUGAUGCAGCGACAGCAGCGACUUUCCAUCCUCAAUUUAGCCACCUAUUCGAUUCAGAGUAA